AUGCCAACCCCCUGGGAAGUUCCGCACACGCACGAGCCUCGUAACACCCAUAUCUUCUCGGGAGAUGGAAGCUACCUUGGUGGAAUUUGGCUAAAUAGCCCACCUAAUAUUUCCAACGCUGAGUUCCACAAUAUGUGCGAACAAUUCAUCAUCUUCCCGACUUCUCGAUACCGCUGGCAUCUACACAGGCUGGGCCCGGAUAAUGACGUUCAAGAACUGGUGCCUAGAGAUCUGGCCCAUAUAAGACAGGGGUAUUAUGUGAUAAUGGGCAAUAUCAGUCAGACGAUCAGUGUUACCCUGACUACUGAACAAGUCGUCCGUCGACUUCCCACCCGCCAAAUGCGGCGCAACCAACGACACUUUAGGCGCACACUCUUCCAGAGAGAUGGUAGUAAAUGUGCCAUCACCGGUAGACAGGCUCCUGGUGCUAACCCACGGCUCGCAUUGGCCGCCGCUCAUGUUUUUCCCCUUGCUCAACACCAAACAUGGGUUAACAACAAUUAUGAGCGUUGGAUCACUGAUCGGAGCGCUGCUGAUGAUAUUGGCCCAGACAAAAUGUUUUCAGCGCAAAACGGCUUGACAUUGAUUGCAGACGUGCAUAUAUUGUUCGCCAGCUUCGUUUUCGCCAUCAACCCUGACCAAGGAUAUCGUGUUAUAGUGUUUGGAGAAGAUCGUUCGGGGGAUGGUGGGGGAGUGCUCGAUCGAUCAGCUCGAAUGGGCGACCCUAAUCAUUGUAUUAGCGAUGAUUGCCUUCGGUGGCACUAUCGCCAGGCAGUCAUAAAACACAUGCGUGGUGUAGCAGAGCCACCUUGGGAUAUAUAUUACGAUGAUCUUGAUGAUAUGGAUAUGAUCAUGGAGAGGGAAGACGCGGCUGAAGUUCUCGAAAUCGAGCUGGGGAACCGUUUGGGUGCCUACAUCGAAGUUAGCUAG